AUGCAAUCAUAAAAUAUCAGCUCAAAUAAAAUUGAACUUUCAUCUUUCAGCUUUCAAUAACUUUCACUCAAUCUAGAAAGCUUAAAUUUCGACAAUAUAUAAGAAGACUUAUUAUCUCCAACUUAGUUCUUGAAAUAAAAUGAUAUGGAUUCAUUUUCAAGAGAUUAACUCAAUUUUAACGAUGAUCUAAUUCAUGAAACAUUGAACUCAUUGAAACAAUAAAAUCAAUUAAGUCAAAAUGAAGGACAUUCUAACGAUGAAUAUUUGUCAAUAAAUUACUUAAACGAAUACUCUUCAGAAUCAAAGCAACAGUUCAACUUUGAUAAGGAUAACAUCGGACUCCAGAACAUGAAAUUUAAAUUUUUGAAUAAAGAGUAUUAAUAAGAUCAGAGGUAAAAUAAUGAAACAACUUAUAGUAAUAUGACAGAAGACAGCUAUAGCCUAAAUUCCUUCAAUCUAGAAGAAUCCAAGACACAGAGAAACAACGAAGUAGUAGAUGCUAUUACUUUACAAACAGCUUAAAACAAUUAAUAGACCAAUAGUAAAACAACAUCUCUCCGUACAAGGACCACCCGCACAAGAUGGAUAUCUCUAGACACCUAAAAUUUUACUUAGAAAAGUAAAGCUUUGUACGAGAAAUAGAAGAUCUUCGAGUCUUAUAAAAGAGAUAUUAGGGAGUAAUUAGGCUUGAAGAGGCUUGAUUUAAUUCUCAAACCUACUCUCAGGAAAAUAAGAAAAUAUUAUAUUCAAUAAUUUCACACCUGCACUAAUUAUCAAAGGCUUAAAAGAAGAGGUGGAUUUGAAGCAUUAAAAGACUGCUUAGACUUAUACGUAAAUUCCUUCGUUUAACAAGACUCUAAGGGGUACUUUUAAUAAUAAACUAAGAAGGAUAGACGGGAAUUUACUGUGCUGUUCGGUGGAAUGUUUUAUCACACGAAAGCAACCGAAAUUUAUUAAGCAAGAAAUGAAUAAUCCAUUAUUAAAGCGUUAUAAAGAGCGCUUUAUGUUUACUCAGAGUAAAAUCUCAUUAAAUUAUUCACAAAAGAGUCAUUUCUAUUACUUUUGGAUCAUUUCCUUUAACUUUAUAACAGUUCAACUAGCUGUAAGUAUAUCCAGAAGCUCUAGAGUGACAGGUAGUUCAAUUAUGGUAUCUAAUACUUUUAAAAGUUAAAAGAUGUAACAUAAGAAACUCUUUGA